GUAUUUGUAAAAUGUCAACCACCACUGCUGAUAAGAAGGAGAAGCGUAAGAAGCGCAAACUUAAGGCAAUUGCUGAACCUGCAAAGGACUUUCGAAUCAAGGAUCAACAUGGGCUUUGUUCAAUGUUUCUUAUCACCGUCGAGAAGGGAAAAAUGGCCUAUCGCUAUGAUGUUGACGUUCAAAACGUAACCAAGCAGAAGAACUUGUCGAAGGGGGCGGACGAUGGGCAACGAGCGCUUCAUCGCAACAUUUGCUACGAGUUGUUGACUGUGGCGUAUGGGAAGACUAACGCUUUUGGGAUGCCUGUUGGAAGUGAGAUUGUCUACAACUGCAAGAGCUUGAUGUACACUUCUGCUCCAAUCAACAUGGCAGAGCCUAAAAUUCUCAUUUCCAAUGACGAUGUUAAUGAGUAUGUCCGAACUUAUAUGGGUGUCGCUGAUUUUUCUGUUUCUGUUACUUCAAAUGCACAAUGCCCAGUACUUGAUUUGUCGGAUAUGGAACAGUACAAAUCGCGUAAGUCUAUGUUUGAUGAGGACAGAACUCUCCGCACUUUUCUUGAGAUGGCGCUUACACAAUUCUCCAUUAAUAACAAUCAAUAUGCACCCGUUGGUGUCGGGAAGCUUUACGAAAUUACACCCGAGAAUCAAGUUAACGUUGGAAAUGGAAUUGUUAUGCGUUCUGGAGUCGCUAAGGGUGUACGUAUUGUUCACAAUUAUGGAGAUCCUGCGCCUGCUCUUGUUCUUGAUACAAAAGUCUCACCAUUUUAUGAAGCACAGGACUUGAUUGCAACAAUUAUGGCUAUAACUAAUGGACGUCAACCGCAAAUGAAUGAUUGGCCAAGAAUCCGCGCAAUUUUGGGUGAUGUUCGUGUUGAGGUUGCUUAUGCUCGCCACCGUACUUUUGCUCUUGGGCGUUUCAUGGACAGGCCCAUGUCUGAGACCAUGUGUUCCUAUCAAGGAAAGAAGCUUCCAAUGCAUAUUUAUUUUCAACGUCGUUAUGGAAUUACUUUAGAAUUCCCUCAUUUUCCUGCUGUCAUGCCGAACACUCCAGUUCCAAAAGGACGUCAAACUGAGCUUUUUCCCGUUGAACAAUUGAUAAUUAUGGAAGAUCAGCGUCUGCCAAUGGAAAAGCUAGACAAAAAUUUAACUUCGAGGCUUUUAUCUGCCAAUUCUAUUCUUCCACAAGAACGUUUUGACAAAAUUAUACGACAUGCUAAUGAAAUGGGCGUUUUUGAUCAAACUAAUGCUGUACUCCGUGCUUUUGGCAUUUCUGUUGAUGUUACUUCAAAUAGAAUUGUGAUUGGUGUUCGAUCGAGUCCUCGAAUUCGUUAUGCAAAUAAUCAAAUUGUGACACCGUCUCCUGAUCAGGCUGAUUGGCGUAAAGCAAGUGGUCAACAUCAAUAUUAUGAAACUCAUGAAAUUUGCAAUUGGAUUGUUUUGUGUGAUGCUCGUAGCUCGGUCUUGGUUGGUAAAUUUGUUGAUACUUUGGUUGCUGCUGCUCGAAAGAAGGGAAUGAUCCUUUCCAACAGGCCUCCAAUAAUGCCAUUUACACCAAGCAACCGUGGUUGGCCAGACAUGUUUGAACGUUGUGUGAACCGUAAUAUUGAAUUUAUCAUGUUGAUUGAUAAUAAGACAGAGGACACUCACGGAUUGCUCAAAUAUUAUGAAGCUUAUUACAAGAUUGUCACGCAACAUAUUACACUGGAACGGGCAAAGGAUGUUGUUACUCAUGGAAAAGCACAAACAUUGGAGAACAUUAUUCACAAGGUCAACUGCAAAAAUUUUGGACUCAACUACGUUCCGCUUUUUGAACGAUCUGCUGAGCGCUUUUCCUUUGAUAAGGGAAAAAUUUUGGUGGUUGGUUAUGAUGUUUCCCAUCCACCUGCGGCUACCCAUCAAGAGAGACGUAUGAUGCAGGUUAAAGGAUUAACUUGUGAAUCUUUUGAUCCUUCUGUUGUGGGGAUUUGUGCUAAUAUGGCAAAGAAUCCUCAUAAUUUUGUUGGCGACUAUUUUUAUCAAGAAUCACGUAGAGAGUCUGUUGAUAUUGGGCAAUUGGCGGAAAGAGUUACUUGGAUUUUGACAACACUUGAACAUAAUCGUCCUGAGCAUGCUCGUCCUAAGUAUAUUAUGGUUCUUCGUGAUGGUGUUUCUGAGGGCCAAUAUAAAAUGGCUGUUGAGGAGGAAUUGGAAGCUUUCAAAAUUGGGUGUCUACAUUAUGAUGAAAAUUAUAAGCCAAAGUUUAUGUUUGUUGUCGGCACAAAGCGCCAUUUCAAAAAAUUCUUUAUGGUUCAUGAAGACAAAAUUGUGAAUCUUACUCCAGGCUCUGUCAUUAAUGAGAAAAUUGUUCGCCCUGAAUUGCCAGAAUUCUUUAUGCAAUCGCAUUUUCCAAUUAAAGGAACUGGUAAACCUGUUGAGUAUAGUGUUCUUCUUGAUGAAAUUGGAAUGACUCAAGAUGAACUUCAGGGUUUUUUGAACGGACUUUGCUACUCUCAUCAAAUUGUAAAUUCGGCCAUUUCUCUUCCUGAACCGAUUUAUCAAGCUGACGAGUUGGCUAAGCGUGGAAGGAACAAUUUUAUGGCAAUGAAGCGCUUCUUUCCUGAUAUGAUUCCACGCCAACGCUCUGGAUUGGUUUUGAUGAAGCAACUGACUGAAUUGAUUUCUUAUAAGGACAGUAUUUUAUGUUGCACUCGACUUACCGCUUAA